AUGUACCAAUUUUCCACAAUCGUCGACGAGUCUGUUGUCAUCACCACGUCCCUACUAGCAGCAUGGGCGUUGUAUGCUAUGUCUCGACACACCAGGAAGCUGCCUCUUCCUCCUGGCCCCAAACCGGACCCCCUUAUUGGACACUUGAGAGUACUUCCUACAUCGGAUGAACACCUUAUAUACACAAGGUGGGCAAAAGAGUUGAACAGCGACAUAAUAUCCAUCACUAUAUUCGGGCAAACCUUUAUAGUGCUGAACUCCGCGGAAGCAGCCAAUGAGCUACUCGAUAAACGUUCAACGAUUUACUCCAGCCGUCCUCAAUUACCGAUGAUCACAUAUCCCGACCUAGUGGACUGGAGUAAACUCACGGCACUUCUUCCUGUACUCCACAAAACCGCAAGUGAGGAGUUUUGGCCAUCAUUGGUCAAGGAGUCUAGGUUGGCUCUACAACGUAUCUCCAUCAACCCUGGUAAUUUUAUUGAGGACGUUAGGAGGAUGAUGGGCUCCAUACUUUUGUCCACUGUGUAUGGUUACAAAGUCACUUCCCCGCAUGACCGUCUGGUCAAGGUUGUGGAAACCUCCAUUGAUCACUUAAAUUCUGCCGGGAUACCCGGAAACUUUUUUGUCAACACGAUGCCAUGGUUGCGGUACUUUCCAGACUGGUUCCCAGGAACGGGAUGGAAGAAAAUUGUGAAAGCAUGGAACGAGGAGAAGGACGAAAUGAUAAACGCACCGUUUGACUGGACAAAGCAGCAGAUUGCAUCUGGAACAGCUGACCAUUCGAUUGUACAAUCACUUCUGACAAAGCUGGAGAACAAGCCGAAUGAAGACUGCAAUAAUUCAGAGGACGAAGAAAUUAUCAAAUGGGUUACUGGUAACUUAUUCGGUGCCGGAGUUGAUACUACUGCUGCCUCACUGCUUGUUUUCAUCCUGGCAAUGACCCUCAACCCACGCAUCCAAGCUAAAGCUCAGGCCGAGGUUGACAGAGUGCUUGGACAAGAUAGGCUCCCCGAAAUGGACGACAGAGAGUCGCUUCCGUACGUCGAAUGUGUGCUGAAGGAAGUUGAACGCUGGCAGCCUGUUGUUCCACUCGGUGUACCCCAUGCUAGUACUGAGGACGACGAGUAUCGCGGAUACUUUAUUCCCAAGGGGCAACUGUGGAACCUUUGGGCAUUUACACGUAACGAAUCGGUUUAUCCUGAGCCCGAUAAGUUCGACCCAGACCGCUUCUUGGAUCCUCGCGUCCCAAAAGCCCCUGCAUUCGGCUUUGGCAGAAGGUGCGCUGUCAGCUCCCAUGUCAGUCCCAAAGACGAAACUGAUCCAAGCUGA